AUGAUUAAUUUGGAAAAUUUUGAUCAAACAAAAUUCAAAAAUCCCAUCCUUGAUAGUCCUCGGUCGAUUUAGGCUUGUCGAUUAAUUGGAAUCCUACCUCAAGAAUUAAUUUAGAUAAGUUUAUAAGAAUUAAAACAAAGACGACCAGAUUUGAAACUGGACAAGCAAGAUUGGUAGAAAUUCUGGGAACAUCAAGAAAUAAAAAGACAAUAAAAAUUAGAAGCCUGUAUUGAGACUAGAUAAUAAAUUAUUCAAGCAGGAGGCAUGUAAGGAUAUGAGCAUGAUGAUUAAAACUUUAAGGAUUCGAGGAUGUCAGAUUAAUAAAGUAAUGCUAUUGAGAGAGAGAAAAAGGAAUUGGAGAAGAUGAAAUAGCGACAAUAAAAAGAAAUAGAUUAAAUGUUAGAGUACGAGCGGAGGAUGUAAGAAAUUAGAGAAAGGAAUGAAGAGAAAUAAAGAAAACAAUUAGAGAAAUAAAUGAGAAGAGAACAAGAAUUAUAUGAAAAAAGGAUGCAAUAGGAAUUAGAAAAAUAAAUGAGAGAGGAAGAGAAAAAAAAGAAAUAAUAAGAUGAGGAAAGAUAUAAUAAGUAAUUAGCAAGUGAGCAUUUCAGAAGAGAAUAAGAAAGAGCCAAAAUGGAAUAAGAAAAACAAAACUACUUAAAAAUGGAAGCAAAAAAGAAGGAAGAAGAGAGAAGAUUAAAAUAAAUGCAAUUCUAGUAAUAAACACAAUAAAUUUAAUAAUAAUAUGAAGAAGAAAUGUAGAGAAAAAGAUUGAUUAUGUAAUAAAAGGAAGUCGAUAGAUUACAAACUAUUGAAAUUUAGAGAUAAUAAAGAAUAUAAGAGUCUCAACAAGCUUAACAGGAAUUGGCUAUAAAAUUAGUGAAUGCCAGAGUAAAACAAGAGGAUCAAUUAAAUAAUAUGAAGAAAUCUUUCGAUUUAAAGUAAUAAAAAAUAGAAUAGAGAAGAAGAGAAUUUGAAGAAAUGAAAAUGUAAAAGAUGUAUGAAAAUCAAAUACAAGCAUUACAACAUUAAGAGAAAAUCAAGGAAGUUAUGGAAAAGAAUUAGAUGCAAGAAGAAUAAAAGAAAUAUGAUUACUUUAGUAAACUAUAAGAAGUUGAAUAAAGAAAGGAAGAGCUGGAAAGGUUAAAACAAUAAGAAAUCAUUUCUAAGAAAUAAUAAAUAUAUGAAAAGGAAUUAUAAAGACAAUAAGUAUUACAAAAUAAUGAGAAAUAACUGGAACAAAAGACUAAUGAUUUUCUCAGGAAAUUUUAAGAAAAGGAAUAAUUAAUUUAUGAAAAAUAAUUCGAAAAAUAAUAAUUCUAACAUGAGUAAAAAGUAAAAGAGCUUUUAAAGGAAUAGGAUAAGAAGGAAGCAUUAGAAAGAAUCAUGAGAUUGUAAGAAUACGAAAAGGAAUUACAAAGAUAAAAAUUAUAAGAUAAAAUGAGAAGAGCUGAAAUAUUAUAAAUUGAGAAAAACUAAAUGUUAGAAUAAAGAAUGAUGAUCAAAAAAGAGAUAGGAUUUUAAAAAUAGGAAUUGAUGCAAAAAUUAGAGCUAGUCAAAUUAGGAAAACUUGAUCCAUCCGCUUUAAAUCCUGAUGGCAAUAGUAUUAGAGCAUCAAAUAGUUUGCAAAACAGUUACCAUAAUGUUAGACCAUCAACUGCAAAAUAUUAAAAUACUCUAUCAAAUAAAGAUAUGCGUCAUAAUGUAAGACCGAAAUCAUAAUAAUAAAAAAUUUUAACAAAUUCUUCAAAUACAUAAUUUGGUUCUUCAAAUCAAGGAAAAUUUACUAUGACUAAUAAACACGAAAAUCAGAUUGAUUAAUUAAAAGUUCGAUAAAAUUAAGAAAUGAUUGAUGUCUUAGAAGAAGAAUAGUAAUUGGAAUUUGAAAGAGAGUAAGCUAUGGCUAAUACAAAAAAUCCAGAAGAAUAAAAAAGAUUAGAAAAACUAUUUUAGAUUGAAAGAAAUAAAACUAACUAAAGACUUGAUUAACUUAAGCGAGAACAUUAAAGAUAAGUGGAAGAAUUCAGAAACUAAGGCUGA